CUUUAAUGUUUAUUCGUUGGACACCAACGUAUCCGCGUCUAUUAAUGUUCGCACAAAGAUGGAAAGUUUUUAUCAAUUUUCAAUUUUGUUAUUUUAAGUAAAAUUAUGUGCUUUUUGUAAGAAUUUUGUAAUAUGUGUGAAAAACUAAUUGUGAUGUUACAGUGUUGUUUAGUGAUUUUCUGUUUGUUUAUUACAGUGUCUUCACCUCAACUUACGGGACAAAAUGACCUUAACACAAAUGACGAUCGAUGGGUAUGGGGAUACGCAGAUGUAAGCGUUCCAUCAAGAAAUAGCAAUUACACAGAAGCUCCAACUAUUCCUCCUGUAAUAAAAGAUGAAGAUCGUCCAGAGAUCUGUUUACCAUACAACCCCCCGAAGCCCGAUUUUAGUGCACCUGGAAAAAGAAUCAGUGAAGCAAAAUGCGAUGAAUACGUUUGGCAACUUAAAAUAAGACAAAAAAAUAGUGACAGAUCUAAGGAAUGUCAAGAAGAACUGGACAGAUUAUACCCGAACAGGCUGAGACCUGCUGGUGCAAUUGGAGGAAGAGACACAGUACUUGGCGAGUUCCCACAUAUGGGCGCCAUAGGAUGGCUGGCGUUUGCAACUACUUACGUAUUCAAAUGCGGUAGCUCACUCAUCAGCUCCAGGUUCGUGUUGACUGCAGCCCACUGCUCUAGAGCUUCCGAUCGGGACUCUACCAUUACUGAUCCUGUGCCGAAAGUUGUAAGACUAGGGGACAAGAAUAUAAUCAACUCGUUUUCAGGUGGACUGCUUAUAACAGAUGACAAGAUCGUCAGCAUAAUAGUCCACCCACAGUACGCGCCUCCGAAGAAGUACUACGACAUCGCUCUGAUGAAGUUGGAGAACGAGGUGCACUUCACUAAGUACACACAACCAGCUUGUAUGUGGACCAAGUUCGAUACUUCAAGCCUUGGACCGACGGCCACCUUAACUGGAUGGGGUGUUGUUGAAACACACGGUAAAACAACAUCGCCGGAGCUACAAGCUGCAGUAGUAGACCUGAUAGAUAGUGACACCUGCAACCAACUGCUAAAGAGUUCUUGCAACAGGAACUGGUGUGGUGUAAGAGAUGACCAGCUCUGUGCCGGCAAACUGGCAGGAGGAGUGGAUGCUUGUCAAGGUGACUCUGGUGGACCUCUUCAAGUUCAACUACCAAUCCACCUUGAGGCAGGCACCAUGCACUACGUGAUCGGUGUGACGUCAUUCGGUAUUGGAUGUGCACUGCCCAACCUGCCUGGAAUCUACACCAGAGUAUCCAGCUACUUGGACUGGAUCGAACCUAUUGUGUGGCCUGAUUCAUGACAAUAAAUUAAUU